UUCAGAGCACUUUAUCUCUCAGAGAAUGGAGAUCCAAUACAGAGCUGAGCUCUGUUUUCCACAUCUCCUUAAUAGCUCCUGCAAGAAGCCCACUCUUCAGUGGUCUGAAGCUGUUCUCCUUAACACUGUGAUGUCCUUCAUUUCACUGAUCACUGUAGUGCUCAAUCUGCUUGUCAUCAUCUCAGUCUCCCACUUCAGGCAGCUCCACACACCCACUAACAUCCUCCUCCUCUCUCUGGCUGUGUCAGAUUUUCUUGUUGGUCUCCUGUUGAUGCCCUUUGAAAUCUACAGAAACACAACUUGCUGGUUUCUUGGAGAUAUCAUAUGUGUUUCAUAUUUGUACUUGAUUGUUCACAUAGUCAAUGCUUCAACUGGAAACGUUAUUCUCAUUUCAAUAGAUCGUUAUAUUGCUAUUUGUGACCCUCUGCAUUACCCCACCAGAGUGUCUACAGCAAAAGCCAAAUGUUCUGUGUUUAUGUGUUGGCUCUGGUAUGCUCUCUUUAGCAUAUUCUUUUUGAAAUAUGAGCUGAUAGAACCAGGAAGAACUAAUUCCUGUACUGGAGAAUGUGAAUUUACCAUUGACUAUGUUACUGGUGCUCUUGAUCUCAUUUUGAACUUUGUAUUCCCAGUUACCAUCAUCAUAGUCCUCUAUAUGAGAGUGUUUGUGGUGGCCAUGUCCCAGGCUCGUGCCAUUCGCUCUCACAUUACAGCUGCCACACUCCAACUUUCACAAACAGCAAAAAAAUCUGAAAUGAAAGCAGCCAGGACUCUUGGUGUUCUUGUUGUUAUAUAUCUUGUAUGUUUCUGCCCAUAUUACUUUUGCUCUCUUGUUGAGCCUAAUUUGUCCAGCACAUCUUAUGGCCCAUUUUUAAUUUAUCUAUUUUUUUUAAACUCUUGUCUGAAUCCUGUGAUCUAUGCACUGUUUUACUCCUGGUUCAGAAAAGCUAUGAAACACAUUAUCAGUCUGCAGAUACUGGAGCCUGGCUCGCAUAAGACCAACAUACUGUAGGGUAGCUACUCUUUAAAAAAAUCCAGCCUGUGAAUUCUACAGCCCAAAAGUCAUUCAUACAACAUGUGCCUUUAAUGUUUUCAAUAAAACAUGUAAGUUUAACUUUCAACAUUAGAUGAAUGAGCUAUAGAGAAAAUACAAUGGCAUGUGCUUUAGCUUUGUCUCAUUCUUUUUGAGAAAUCAUUAAGUCAUUGCUUAAAAUGUUUUUGUGGCUAAAUUGAUUUUCAUUUGGGAUCAGAAGUUUUUUUGACAGGGAAAAGAGCACACAUCACUGCUGUUUUUCUAGUUCAAAUAAAUCGACCAUUAUAGGUCUACAACAGUUAUUCUGUCUCAAGUUUUAAUUUUACCUCUAUGUGUAAAGGUGAUUCCCUGACAUUUGGCCUCAGGUAACUCUUUACUUCACCACACGCUGAAACAAAUACCCAUUAUGUA